CUUUUUGUCUCUUCUCCUUUAGAAACAAAAUAAAUACAUCAUUUUCUAUAUAGACGUUAUUAUUUCUUAACCAGAAAGUCUUUCAUAUCCUUACCUUAAUUAUUUAUUCUAAUAUUUAUUUCGCUUCCGCUAGUUUCCAUGGUUUCGAGAAAACUAUGGUACCUUAUCUAUUAUAAAUGUUUUGUCUUCCUCAUCGCAAUACUUCAUUUCGACAAUGUCAAUGCCGGACUACCAAAAAUCGAACUUGAGUCUGUCGGCGGUGGCAUAGGCGUUAUAGGAAAUUUUGUUGGCUUAUCACCAAUUCUAUUAGACACCAUACCAUACCAAUUUGGAUUAUUACCGAACGAUACCUCCAACCAUCACAUCAUUGUAUCUCAAAAAGACAAUGACAAUCUCACUAUCUACAAAUCACUUGCUACUAUAGAAGGCUCGAUCACUACUUAUUGCAAAUUAUCGGACAAUCAGUAUAUUCUAGCCGGCGAUUUCCAACAAAUCAAUAACAGUAAUUUUAACCAUAUUGCGCAGUUUGACAGCCAAACAUACCAAUUCAUACCAUUACAACAGGGUUUAGAUGGACCUGUAAGAGCUCUCUAUUGUGACAAUUCAACCAGGACCAUCUACGUAGGUGGUGAUUUCACAUCUCCCCUUGCCAGCAGCAAUAACUUUACUGGACACGUUGCUUCAUUCAAAGACAACCAAUGGGUCCCUUUGCCUUGGAAAGGUUUUAAUGGCCCUGUAAGUACAAUCAUCAAGACAAAGAAUUUACUAUCCACUGCAGAUGCAAUUAUAUUUGGUGGUCAGUUCAACUCGACAGGAGAUGGACAGUAUGUAGAUCAAGUUUCUAACAAUUUAAUUCAGCCAAUCAAUUUGCAAUCUGCUACUAUAUCUGAAGGAAAUGGACAACAAUUCGGAAAUCAUACGAACCCCUCCUCUGUAGUUUGCUCACAGUCUCCUUGGUUAUUGCAAAAUGGUGUUCCUGGAUAUUGGCAGGCUCAGUUUAUAUUUCCGAUCCGACCGACAUUGUUUAGAAUAACCAAUGCUCAUACAGUAGAUGGAAGAAAUACAAACGCAUUCAAUAUCAUAUCACUUGGCUCGAAUGAGUAUUUCCAACUAUCAUAUCGAGAUCCUGCAACAAACCAGCCAAUGACCUGUAGUGAGCAGUGCUACUUGUCGAACGAUUCUACUAUUCCGUACCAAGAUUUCACUGUGUUACAGCCCAUCACUACUAAUGGUAUUAGAAUCAAUAUUGAUAGUUGGUAUGGAGAAAGUGGUGGAUUAGGUGGUGUUAGUGUUUACAAUUCAGAUGCUACCCUUCAACCCACUAAUUCAGAUAAUAUGAGUAGUGGAAAUCUGUGUGCCGCAUCCGUACCAUCUACUUCCUCAACCCCUUCAUCAACUGUAUUGACGACAGGCAAUUGGACACAACGCUAUUCGUAUGACUCUUAUCAGACAUACCUUAUAUCCACCAUUAAUUCAACAGAUUUAGGCAAUUCCGAUAUCUCUGUCAUUUACAAACCUUAUAUUGCUGCUCAAGGAUACUACGACGUUUAUGCAACUACACCCGGCUGCGUCGGUACAAGUACCUGUGAUCAACGUACUCAAAUGCAACUCACAUUAGACUUGACUCCAGGAAAUACUUCCACUGUAAUAUUGGAUCAGAAUAUAGUCUCCGAUGAACGUAUUCUGAUUUACUCUGGACCAAUCUCCAGUUCAAUCUCAUCAUCUUUUAGACCAACGAUCACAAUGAACGUCUCGCCUAAUGCAACAGAAACGACAUCAACCAACACAGUUACUAUAUUCGGUAGUGCGAUAGCUUUUAUGAGAAAUUCUACCUUAUCGUCACUGUCAAGUAUUCUCGUUUAUUUUCCCCAAAAUGAUACAUGGACACCUUUACCACAUCAGUUGAUACCGGGAUCUGAAGUCAAUACAAUACAAACAAAUGACGCAGGUACACUUUAUAUUGGGGGAAAAUUGCAAAGCAAUAUUACUAGCAGUAACAAUAACAGCAGUAGCAGCUACAACAUCGCUAUUUAUAAUGAUGAAAGAGGAUUUUUGCCCAUUGCGGAUAAUGGUUUAAACGGUGCCAUUUUCACGUCAAUUCUUGCUGGUUCAAGUCUUUUAGUGGGUGGUUCUUUCAACAAUUCAAUCGUGCCACAACAAGAAUCCUCAUUGAAUCACCUUGCUUUAUACGAUCUGCAAACCGAAACUUGGACUGGAUUGGAGCGGGGUGUCAAUGGUAUCGUAGAGAAUUUAUAUACUACCAGCGAUGGAAAUAUUCAUAUUUCUGGAUCAUUCAAUUCAACAAUAGCAACAACACAAUCAAGAAGACUGUAUAACAACGCAGAAUAUGAUAUAUAUCAGCAUCGCUUUAUUGUACCGAGAACAUUCAUUGAUGGAAUCAUAGCUAAUCAAAUUAAUCUAUCACCAAAUACAACACUAUAUCUAGGCCUCAUCAAAGAUGCACAAACUUACUACGCUGAUAACCUGGCAUUUGUACCUAACACACUCGAUAGUCAACAAGAAAAGCCUGCAGCUGUUGUACCUUCAUUCGCCACUCCUAUUACUCAAUUAGAUCCCAAUGCUGUCAUCACUGCUGCAGCUUAUUAUACGCAUAAUAACAGUGCAAUGGCUGCUGACAAUAAUAAGUCCUCAUUUUUAAUCAUUGCUGGUUCAUUUUACAUCAACAACACGUUAUGCAAUGUUGCAAUGUAUGAUCCGCAACAAAAUACUUGGAACCAGCCUUGUAUCUUACAGAACAUGCAAAACAGUUCGAUUAACAAAUUAUUUAUUGUCAAGGACUACUUAUUCAUCGGUGGCCACUUCAGUCAUACGACAGUAUUGAAUAUCACCGAUAAUAACAACGGCAGCAACAACGUAGCCAGUACUGCUACCAGCAUUGCCCUCUAUAAUUUACAGACUCAAUCAUUAGAGGGUAUAACAGGCGUUUUUAUGGAUGGGCAGCAGCAACAACCUGGCACCGUGAAUGUUAUAUACUCUCAAGAUGACGGAAAAAAGAUAUAUAUAGGUGGACAAUUUGCCUACGCAGGGCUUCUCAACUGUAAUGCUGUAUGUUUAUUCUCAAUGGAAACUCGACAAUGGACUCAAGCGGUCAGCACCGGUCAACUUUCCGGCACAGUAAAUGAUAUGUUUAUUGAUUCUCAAGGAAUGAUGACUGUAGUGGGUGAUCUGGUUACAGUUGAUAAUAUCGGGCAAGCAAAAAUACCUAUUGCUAGAUUUGACACAAGUGCUUCUUCUUUCAGUAAUAAUGGCAUCCGACAUGCCAAGCGUGCUACAGCACCACACCCUCUAAUAAAUGGUUUAGAAGAUCCAUUUGUUCCUACUAGUCUACUCUAUGAUUUAGAUGCCAACUUUAUCAUUGCCGGAAAGCAACAAAAGGACGAGAACAACUCAAGUUAUUCUAUCAAAAUGUGGAACGGACAGCAAUGGUCGCCCAUGAAUACAAACUUGGGUCCCUCUUCCAUUAUCCACCAACUUCUCUGGAUGCCAAUCGAUCCCAGUUCAGCCAAAUAUUUACCACGUUAUCCUGCUGACUCAGAUUCAAUGCUCAUGGCUGUUGGGCAGCUUGAAUUACCUCAAGGUAGCAAAGCCAGUGCUGCGCUGUAUGAUGGUUCCCAGUGGCAUCCUUAUUUUCUUACUGAUCACGGCAGCCACAUCGUAAGAGUGUUCACAGCUCUUCCUUGUUGUACAACUGCUUUGGCUACACAUCAUUAUCUUUCAGUCCCUGCUGUUAUUUUGAUCUCUAUCGCUAUCUCGUUGGGUAUUUUGUUCUGUCUGACGGGAUUGGUUUUUCUUUACUUAUUUUAUAACCACCGCCACCAUCCAGCGUUUUAUAAAUAUGACAUGUUGGACGCCUAUGCUGCUGGUGCAGGUACCACAGCUGCAGGAGCAACGGCUGCUGGCAUGGAUUCGACAACCAGCAAGAAAUACUGGAAACCAAAACAUCGACCUACGAGUUUGCUCGCUAUGAUUGAUGCAGCAGCUCUUGCAGCGAAUGCCACAGGUGGUGUUGGUGCUGUUGGACAACAGCAACAAGAACAGCAACAAAAGGUUCCACCAGAAUCUCCUAUACUGGGUUAUUCAUCUGCUGUCAGUAAUCGAAAUAAUGCUUUAGCAAAUCAACAGCAAUAUGGACGGGAUAGUGUGGAUAUAUCUGAUGGCAUGAUUGCUACCGCUGCAGCUGCAACAUCUGGUACUACUCGGUUCAGGAACUCAAGCCAAAAUGGCGGUGUAGCCAAUAUGUCAUCUCAGCCUUUCAGUGCCCUUAUGAUGGCUGCUCUGAAAAAUGGUACUACGGAGAACAACAAUGGAGAUACAACACAACCGCCAAUCAGUGAAAGCUCGCCACGCGUAUUUUAUGCAAAAUUUCCAUUUGAAGCUAAAGAAUUUGGUGAACUAGCUUUUGAUGCUCAUACGCCUAUUGUUGUAACUGAUACUACAGAUAAUGUUUGGUGGAUGGGUUACAAAGACGAUGGAUCAGGAAACGCUAUCUCUGGCUUGUUCCCAAGUAAUUAUGUGACAAAAAAUAAACCAACGUUUCAGAUCGCUUGAACAAUAUUCCCGCAUUUUCCGACCUAAUUUUAUACAAUAUACCUCUAUUUCUCUUUACAAAACUAACAAUAUUUUAAUUUUAAUAAAAUUUGCUAGGGCUUUGCCCCCUUAUUA